AUGAGUUCGGACGUCUUUACCCUCUUAUUUCUUUUCGGCUAAUGUCUUCCUCAGUUCCUUAUGUUCGCUCUCUUCUCAACAACCCUUUUGAAAACAUCAGUCGCAACUUAGCAAAACACACCGCAGCGAUGACAACGUUCAGCCGUACAUAAAAACGAUGAGAUGUGAUUAUGAUUCGAUCCAGCACCAAAAAACGAAAGAAGGAAUUGAGCUGUAGUGCCGAUGUGGUAAGACACGGCGAUACAUCAGCGUUAGGCGGUGCCGGCGGAUCAAUAGAGAAGACGUGGCAGCGCAACGGGUGUGGUGGGAUGUGCCGGUGCGUUCUCCUCAGUCCUCUCCCCACCUUCUUCCUCUUUUCUUCCUCUUCUUCUACGUACCUUCUUUCUUCUUCUCGAUCUGGUAACUUUUUCUCUUGGGCAGAUCUGGGGGUUUGCUGGCCGCUGCUUUCUAAUGAGCUUUUUAAACUUUUCAAUUUUUUAUUGUUUUCAAUUUAGCAUACGCUUGGUUGCUUUCCAUUAUUUUGGCUCCUUUCCAUUUUCUUAUUUUGUUGAAUGGUAUUCUAUUUGUUUAUCUAAUUUCUUUUAUUGAGUUCUAAUUUUUUUUUAUUUUUUUAUUUUUCUAUUAUUUAUUUUUAGAUAAUAUUUAAUUCAAAUGUCAUUGUUAAUGUCACAAUUUGAUGUGUACUAUCACAUAAUAUUACAAUAAUAUCAACAUUGUUACACAAUUCAUAAUGACAAUGUUGAUAAAUGAUUUUAGCAUGACAUUUUGUAAUGUUGACAUUCUUUUCAAAAUAGUUUGAUUCCAAUGACAUUGUAAUUUCACAUUGUCACAAUACUAAUACUGAUAUUGUCUUUAUAUCUUUGUUACAAUGGCAUUUCUUUUAUAACAUUGUCAUUCACAUUGUUUUUUUUUUUAAUUUAGACAAUAAUGUUAACAAUAUUAUAACAUUGUUUGUUUUGAAAAUGUUUAUGAUUUGUAAUAUAUGACAUUGUGAAAUAUUUCCAAUUUCAAAGUUGACAUUGUGAAAUUUUUUAUUUCAAUAUUGACAUUGUAAUGAUCACAACAUCAUUUUUCACACCAUUGGCAAUGACACUCAUUAUUGUCAUUGCUACAAUGUCAUUUAAUGUCAUUUACAUUGACAUUGUCAUUGUUAUCAUGAGUAUAACAUUGUCAUUGACAUUGUAAGUAUAACAUUGUCAUUGACAUUGUGAGUAUAACAUAAUUAUUAUAACAUUGUCAUUUCCCACCUCUGUCUUUCCCUU